GCAAUGUACUUUGUUUUGCGGCUUCUCUCUCUCAACACCUGAACGAGCAUGUAAUCCGCGCCGCUGAACAGCACAUCGCCCGUGAGCGGCCCGAGCGGAAAUAGAGUUUGGAUUCUUUAUGAAUGUGUGAAAGAGCCACUAUUUGCUUUUCUGUAUAAUGGUUACCUAGAGGCUCAGUAAGAAUGGAGAUCAAGCUCGAUGUGCUCAUCUCUACAUCUAUCAAGCAAAGAAAACCGUGGCCUCGCAUCUCGUGGGUUGGACAGGAAAAAGAGGCUAUUUUUCUUCUAGAUGGUAAACAUAUAAAUGAAAUUAACCUGGUAUCAGGGAAGACAAGGAAGAAAAUCCCUCAGCUGCAGCCAUUGUUGAAAAAUGUGGUUGUCUUAACAACAUCAGGAAAUGCUGCUUGGUUGGCAGGAAUACUUACAACAGGAGAGCUCUUUCUUUGGAAUAAAGAUCAAGACUGUUUGAAAAUUGUGCCAGCAAUUGAAGAGUCCAGGAAAGUAGUGGCAGCAGCACAAGAGUGUUUAAUGAGGUUGUACUUGUAUGUAUCUGGAGAUGGCAGAAAGGCACUAUUAACUACUCCUACAGCAUGUGUCUUUCUGUGGGAGAGCACAGAACAUGAAGAUACAUCCUCUUGUAAAAACUCUUCUUCUGGGCGUUGGACACAAAUUUUACCUGAUGAAUCAGUCGUGUUGCCUUCUACUGAAGAAAAAGAAGUUGGAUUGCAUGCUACUUUCAUACAGAAUGAGAUACUGGGUGAUUGCUGUUUAUGCACUUUCAUAUUUUACUCUGGAGAGUGUUUGGUGCUCACGUUUUUGGUUCUUCGAUGGCACGAAAAUACCUUUAAACAUGUUAGUUCUUUGCCAUACCAGAUCCAGUGGGUACAGCAGACUUGUUCCCUUGCUAACUUGGUUCCUCAGUGUGUGUCUGUAAAGUCAAGAGGAGCUUUGCUAUGUGCGUUUGCAAGAGAUGGACUUCUGUUUGCAGUAGCUGUUAAUCAAGCUGAUCCAAAGGCCACUCAGGUUUUAUUUUUAAACACAUUGAAUUUUGUUACAGUUUCGGGUAGCCUUAAAGGUUGUAGUAGCAAGAGUAACACAGUCCCAUCCAAGUUAAUCAGAUCUUACUGGGUUGGUGAUAUGAGUUGGACUCCUGAUAGCCUUUUCUUGGCUUGCAUGUUAAAACGUGGAUCUUUGAUUUUAUUGACGUGCAUGGGUGAAUUGCUGACCUUAAUUGCAUCUGGCUGCUCUGUAGAAUUUGGACCAGCACAGUUUAUUCCAUUUCAUCCACUAAUAACAUACAGACAGCAGCACUUAUUUUGUCAAGACUCUGGCCAGUCUCCUGCUUCUUCAGAUUCUGAACGUGACCUUAUGAGACAGAAAUUCUCUGUUGCUUCACAUUCGAGAUUACCCUACCUCAUUGUCUCUGAUGGAUACAUGAUAACAGUGCUUAGAUUUCCUAACAACUUUUCACCAUCAGGAUUUAUAAAAUCCCUUUUGCUUGAUUCAACCCAACAGCUUGAAAAUAUCCGUCGGAAUUUGCAGAACUUCAAGUCUAAAGGAAGAUCUCAGUGUUUAAGAUCACUGUUGUCUUUAAAAGCUAGCCUUUUAAAACAAGUUCAAAACCAAAGUUCCAUCUUUUCCACCCUUCCAAAGUUCCUGGAAAAAGACACAACAGAAAUGAUCGAGAAAACUGUGGAUUUACUGGAUUAUGAAGAAGAAUCAGAUGAUGAAAAGCAGUUUUACCGUAGCUCUCCCAGCUUCCAUAACCAAAGAAUCCUUUCAAUUGUUGGUAAAGCUGAUCAAGGCCACUUAGAAUUUGCGUCAAUGUUUGAUACUAUGCAUGCAGAUGAUAUUGAAGAGAAAGAUAAAUCAUCGUUGAAACUAUAUUCCAUUCAGAAAAACCUCCUUACUGCCUGGCAGAUAGGGAUUUCAAAAAAUAUGGAAGAGAAGGAUACAUUGCUGAAUUACACAGUGAACUGCAUUAUCCAUUUUUUCAGCAUUGUUCAGUUUGUGAAAUGUUCUUUGCUAAACCAGGAUGCAUCUUUAAACAAGUCUGUGAAGAAUACUCAAUGGUUGCAUUGUGUCCUAAAGUAUUUUCAGCAGUGUUUGACUGUCUUGUACUGGCAUUCAAGAGCCAGUCUAACUGGACAUGUGGCAAAGCUGACAUUAGAAACUUUAAAACUGCUGCUUAUACAGCAACAAGAUCAGUUGUUCUCUAAAAACCUUUUGGCAUGCUUCUGUCUUUUAAAAAUGGUUUCUCACACUCUUAGUAGUGUGUGUGUACUACAGUAUGAGAAUUUUUUUGCAUCUCCUAAUGGUAAUGUUCUUGUGGAACUGGACUCCCUCACUGUGCCUGUUUUCUCAGUUCUUGAUGACAAUACUACUCAGCAAUUCAGCUCGCUGAAAUCUCUGCUUAGAGAGCCUCCUCGAGUAAACCAUGAUGCAAAAACAGAAAGAAGGUUGAUUGUACUAUGGCGAUUAUUAUAUAAGAAAGCGGUUUGGUAUCAGGUGCAGCUGAAAAGAAAAGUGAACAAGAAUGCAGAAGAAGCUUCUGUUGUCUCAUUGCUUAUAAGUCAUAUACAAGCAACCCUCCAGUCUUCAAGAGUGACAUUAGAACAACAUCUGAAGAUUAAUUCUGUAUCUGGUGAGGAGCAAUUCCUUUUAGGCUCCUACAGAGAAUCUGUUGACACUUGGAAAAGGUCUCUUUGUGAAACCAAGGCAAAAGGAGGAAAAAGAACAUGUUUUCUUCAGACUAGAUAUUAUCUUUCAAUAUUAUUUUGCCACCUGUAUCAGUAUAACUUGUGUGAAGCUCAGGGACUCUGUGAUCAUUUAGUAGGAGAGAUUCUAAGGCGAUCACAUCUUUCAACAAGUCAGAUGGAAAAAUUUUCUGAUACCAAGUAUUUUCAGCAUGAACUAUGGAUGGUAACCAGCAUUCAUACUGAGACUGCCAUGGCUGUGAUUCGGUCCAUGGCACGAUUCAUGGCUGCUUAUUUCACAAAUCAGCUGCUCUAUAUCUUUCCCCCACACAGUGUUGACAUCCUGCAUCCACUUCACAUCAAACAAGACUUGUCUCCUCGUGUUAUUCCACUGCAACACUGUUUGGUUACCAGAGCUGUCAGGGAACAGAACCUUUCAUCUGUGUGGACAGCUGAAUAUGCUCUUGAUUUGUUCUUUAUUGGUGGACUCAUCCCAGAAGCUGUGUGGUUAGCACACACACUUGGGGACUGGAAACUGUCUGUUUCAAUUGGUCUGGCCUACCAGCUGUAUUGUCAGAACUCUGAUGGAUUCUCAAGAGUGAAAAACACAGAACAUCACCUGCCUUUAGGCCUGUCACCAAUGCAGACUUUUCAGGAGAAGUUACGGUCUUUUUUAGGGCAACCAGUAACUUCUGAAACAUCAGGACACAUUAAAUACAAGAAGUUUACAGAUCCCAUUGAAGAGGAAGAUGCAGAUGUUCUUUAUAGUUCAGUACAAGAACUACUGAAAGCAGCUGUUAUGGCAGAUGCUGAUGUUCUCUCAGAGACGUUUCAGCUGUUGAUGGAUUCUGCCAAGGAUCUCAGCAGAAAAUUGUAUGGUUUGGUUCCAGUUGGGCUCUAUCUUCCAGCACCACCGUUAUACUGUCCUCAGCCGGCUUCCCUCAGUGAAGAAGUUGGCAAUGACAUUCUUUUAAAAAUGGAGAGAGAAAUUCGUCAGAAAGUGUCAGGAGUUCUUCAGCGAAUUAUCUUGCUCUUCCGGGCUGCUCGUUGUUCUUGCCCUGCAGCACAGUGGUAUAUUACACAACUGAAGCGAGCAAGAAAAGUUAUGCAGAAAAUUCGAAUGAAAGGAUCUCUUCCUUUGCUGAGUCCAUUCCCAGAGACUUUGCUUCGUUACUGCAAUUUCUGCACUGUUUUGUGUGGAACUACAUCUUCUGAACCUCAUCAGUUUGAUGAUAUUACCUGUAAAAUUUUAGGUUGGUUCAGAGAGUUAUGUGCAUUAUGUUGGAUGUUUCAUGUUCGUGAAAAAUUGUCUGACAACUGUAGGCGGUACCAAGCUGCAAGGGAAAAUAUUAACAAUAUGCAGGAUCUGAAGAAGAAUGAACAUGAUGCCUCCACAGUUGAGCAUUGUUUGAAUGCAGUGGAGUGGGCUUGUCGAAUGCUUCCUUUCUGCAGGUUCAUGAAUGUUGAAGAAUUAGUUCAAGAUGUAAUUUUGAGUCUACUUGGAGAAUUGCCACCAACGAAAAAGGUGGCAGAGAUUUUUGUAAAAGCAUUUCCUAAUCCUGAAGAUAUAAGGGUUCCACUAAGAGAUAAAUACAAUGCACUUCAACAGCGACUCAGACACAGUAUUGUUAAAGUAGGUCCUGAAAAUGAAGAAAUUAUGUCUGUUAUUAUUCAGGCUACUGAAGAAGCGAGAAAGAAGGCCUUGAGACGUGUAAUAAGGAACAUAGGCCCUAUAGAAAUUAAUAUUUGGGAGCCAGCAGAGGAGGAAGCAGCAGAUGAUAAGGAACACUGUUAUGACAGAUUCUCAAUAGGCACUAGUCUAAGCACAAGCACCCUUACUGAUCUUGGGAAUCCUCAGGUAUACACUGAUGCUGACACAGCAGAUACACUUUCUGAUGCUUUGUGUACUGAAGAAAUGAGAGCUCAAAAACCUUCAUUCCAAAGAAAUAAUGAACACCAGAGAAAAGGAGAAAUAGGUAGCAAAAAUAGCACAUGCAAGAUAAAAGCUCUUAACUGGAAAACAAUACAUAAAGACAAAGUAUUUAGAAGAGAUAUGCCUAAUCAAUGUAAUUUGCCUGUAGUUGGUGCAUGGGAAUUUGAACGUGAUGAUGAUGAAUAUGUUAGGUUUUUAGAACUCUUUUUGAGUUAUGUUCUUGAGAGAGACCUGAUAAAGUACAGUGACAUUGGAAUUCCGUUUCUUACUAGUUUUUCUGGACUUCUUCGAGAGCAUGAAUUGAACUCUCUCUUUUUUGAUGUCCACACGACACUAAAACGUCGACAAGGCAAAAGUAGAAGUCAAAGUGUUUUUAGAGCUGGGUCUUGCUAUACUGUCACCCUGUCAUCUUGUGAUCCUGAAACAUCUAUCUAUAACAAAACCCAAAAUAUUUUGGAAAAACCAACAGUUGUGCAGUCCGUUGUACAGACAAAAGAACCUUCUGUGCAUAACCUAAUGAAAGGACUUAACAAAGGAUUAUUUGGUUUAAAACACAAAUCGACUUACAGAGCUCAGACUCAUAAUCAAGGAGUCAAUGUUGCACUAGCAAGCCAGACCUUUCCUAGCCAUACUUCGUCUGCCCUGCAAACUCAGGCAACUUCUAAAUACAUUUACAAAACUGUUGAUGUAGUUGAUACUGUACCAGGAGAAGAACUAACAAUAGAAUUGAUGGACAAGUUGAAUAAUAUUGCAAAAUUGCUUGAGUGGAUGAUCAGAUGGUCUGACAAAAGACUGCUUUGUGGUUCCAAUAAACAAGAUUCCUUAGAAGAGAUUCUUCCAACGAUACACAUGAAAACAUCAGCAGCUGCUGUCCUUACUUCUCUGUGGCUGUUAGAACAGUUAUACAGAGAGAGAUCUCAAACAAAGAGCAUAAAAUAUAAGCAUCCAGAUAAUCAAGAUGUGAAAGAAUUUGUAUCUCUAUCAGAAGCCCAGUCUAGGACAGAGAAAGAAAGUAGUAUGGAUGAAAGCUUUUCCAUAGUGGCCAAUCCUCCUGCCAGUGUCCAGAAUGUGCCAGCCUAUGAUGACUUUUGUGGAACUGAUUUUAGAGUGUCUACAAAGUCAAAAUACUUUGAUAAGAAGGAAAUUAUUCAUGGAAAUUGUUCUGUACCAUGUCCGACUGAAGAUCCUAAUGAAGUAGAACCAUUUGUUUGGCAGGAGUUAGAUGUGGCGUCAGAACGACAAGAGUUCUUUGAGGAGCCGUAUGAAACUCCAAAGAACUCCAACAGCUCUGUCAAGAUCAAACCUGUAGAACAUCCUAGAGAAAAGCAGGUCUCCAUUUCAGAUGCAGAUAGUCCCCAAGAAGAUCAAAAUGUGGAGGAAACAAAGGAAGAAAAGGCUGAACAGAAUGUUAUGACUGAGGUUGUUACUAGCACUGAUUCUCAUUCAUCCUUUUUAAAACAAGAUGCAGAAGUUCCUAGUAAUGCAGGCAUUUCUGUAAGCGAUUGCCAGCCUUCUCAGACUGUUGUGUCAACUACGUCAAGUGUUGCCUCCCACACUUCUGUUUGUGCAAAGAAGCAAGAAGUCAAGGAAGAAGUCCCUCCAGAGGAGAAAUCAAACACAUCAGAAACUGUCAGGCAGAUGCUCCAAGACGAAAUGUUUAAGUUAAUUCAGCUACAGCAGAUCAACUUCAUGAGUUUAAUGCAAAUAGUGCAGUCAUCCUUUGGCAACGUGCCAAAUGUGCAACAAAUGUUGCAACAUCAUCAAUCUGUUCACCUGGCUGGGAGCCAGCAUGCACACACUGCCCAAGGCAAUGGUUCUCCAAAAACACAGCUGCCCUCUCCAGAAAAUAAAGGAAAACCUGGUCAAAAGAGCUCUGAUUUUCAUCGAAGGAAUAGUGUAGAAGAUGAAGGCAACAGUGGCCAUGUAGAAAGUCGUCUGGAUGUGAAUGCCUCUUUAACUCUACUUGAAAGCAACAGCAAGGAAACAGGAUUUAUGUCACCAUCCCAAUAUCAGCAUUCUUCAGGGCCUACUAAACCACUUCAUCUCCUAGUUCCUUCCUCAAACAUCCAGAAAACAGUGAGGUUUAUCCCUAUUGAAAAGAAAACAAGUUAUUCAAGUGGAUUUCCUUUGCUUAGGCUCAAAUCAAGUUAUUUCAAACCAGCAUUUUUACAUCCAGUAGAAAUGUCAUCAGCUUCUGCCAGACCACCCCCAGUACCACGAGUAGCUUGGAGUUCAUCAGAUUCCUUAUGGAACCAUCAGUCAUCAUACACGCCAAGAAAGAGUAAGGCAAAAGAAGAUUCCAGCAGGAGUAGAUGUGACCCUGAGAUCCCAAGGCAAAUGCACGAGGACGAGAGGAGAUGGGCAGAAAGAGUGCAUAGGGAGCCUGCCAAAUACCUGAACCUUGAUCAGUAUGUAGGGCAGCAAGAAGUUUCACCUCAGCUGCAGUUCCCUGCAGACGUGCAUACGUACAGGGUGCCAAUCACUCAGAACCCGGCUGGUAUUCCACUGUUGCACUUGCAUCUUGACCCAGUACCCAGAGUUCCACCAGCUGUAAAGCAGCCAAUCACAGCUACUUUAAUACCUGUUAAACCUGCAACAAAGGAUACUGACUCCAGAGAAACACUACAGGAUGCAGGAAUAUCACUACUUCAGGUUAAUUUACCUCAAAAAAGGAAGGCAGCAAAACUCAUCCCAUUUCAAGAUCUCAUUGCAUUUGAGCAACGCCACCAACAUAAUUCUGUGCUCAGCACUUCCUAUGGACAAGACCAAACUGAACCUAUCCAGUUACUAAAAACUAAUGUUGAACCAUUUGAACUGAGAGAUGUACAGAAAAAUAGAAAAAGAAAAAAAAAGCGUAAUAAGAAACAACUACAAGAGAAGGAGGAGGAGAAGAAACCAACUGUGUCCUUCUGCCCAGAGGCCUCCAUCAUCGCUAUUGGUGACACAGAAAUGGUUGAUGAAUCAGAGACUGAGGAUCACAAGACAGAAUCGGUAUCUUACCCUCAAGAUGGUUUGUUCAUUUCAAUGGACACAAUGGAGGAAGCAAUUACUACUUCAGCAGAUCUACAUUACAUGGCUUCUGUAGGGAAAAAACCAGCAGAAACUCAAGAUGCAAGUACAAAUACUCAUCCAAUGCUCGAGUCAUAUCAGGAUCAUGGAAUCAGUGGUGGAAAUGAGAUUUCCGAAGUUCAAAAAAAUGAGCCAGCCCCAUCUGUUCCUGUGCCAGAAUCAUCUAGUGCCCCUGCAGUGCUACCACCUGACAUGUAUUUAAACCUGAGAUUUCCCACUGAAGUGAAAAAGAAACCUUUACCAUCCUUUCGGUCAGAUGCACCUGAUUUGCAUGAACAUAAAUAUAUCAGUGUGAUCGACAUUGAAGACAGUGACAUCCUUAGCAAUUUGCCCAUGAUACCCGAGUCUGCAGAAGAGGUGGAUGCUGCACAGCAAAAUGAGAAGUUUGAAAUUCCAUCUAGGGCUAAACUUCACCACACAGCAGCUUCUGUUACUAAUGCAACUCUAUGUGAGGCUCUUCAGAAGCAAGGUGACCAUCAGAAAAAUGCAUCAAGCCAAGUGCAAAAGAAAGAUAAGAAGUCAGAUUCUGCUGCAGAUAGUGUAACUUGGAACAUGCUACAUGAAGAUGACAGAACUCUUCCUUCUUCAGAGCUUCCAUCCAAAGUAAUUGGCAGAGAAUACUUUUCCACAAAGCAGCAGGAAAUGGAUAUGCAAUUACAGACACUAGAGAACAUGAUAGAAAAUAUGGAACAGGAUUUCAGAAAUACCAAACUGUUAGUGAAACUAAUAGAAGACAUUGAAAUGGCUACUGAUUCAGACCUUAGUGCUCGUCCUUCAUUCUCUGCAGCUGCUGAAGUCAUUGAUGAUGAAUCAGAACGUUAUUUGAGAGGCAUGAUUUUUGAAGAUGUUACAGAUGAUCAAAAGGAGGGCUUAAACUUGGAAUAUCCUGUACCCAGUUAUACUCCAGUGGAAUUAUACAUCCCUGCCUCUGCAGCCUUGGCUUCUAACUUUCCCAGUGGCAUGAAGUCAUCUUCUGGUGUAGAGUUUAGUUUAGGAGGGAAAGCAGUGCUCUUCCAUCCAGGACAUCCAUACUGCUCUUCAGUUGCAUCUCCCGAAUUCCAAGCUCCUUCUGAGUUCCUGGCUUCUUCAAGCUCUCACAUAUGCAGAGAUUUACAUGAUAGCUCUUUAGAAGAUCCCCUGCAAGUUACUGGUCCGAGUGGUGUUACUGACAUUAAUGAUCGUGUAGUAGAAAGUGACAUGUCUCUGCCGGAGCUGGGCUUUACAAAAACACAAGCUAAGAAAAUCCCCAGGGUUCAUGGUUGUGCUGCUGCACAUUCUCAAAAAACAGAAAAGGAGAGGAAAGAGAUACAAUCAUGGAUGAAAAGAAAGCAAAAGGAAAGAAUGAGAGAAUAUAUGAAGAAACUGGAGGAACAAAGACAGAAAGAACGUUAUCCAUUCAACCUAAGAAAGAAUGUGCAUUAUAGUCCUACUUCAAAGGAUAUUAGAAUGUUCCAGAAGAGGAAAGAAGAAAAAGACAAAUCCCUGUUAUCUGAGCAUCACAGAAUGAGAAUAUCACAGGCACUUUCUCUGAUGAAUGAAAUGUUAUCUGAAACACCAGCACAUGAUCAUAAAACUUUGUCCAGCACCAGAUCACCUCAAGGGUACAGAAGAAGGCAUAUGGCAUCUAGUAAAGGAGGGCAUCUGAACAGUCCUGUUUUGUCAGAAAGGAGCAGAAUUGCUGCCAAACCCAGCUUUGGUCAAAGAAUACACUGUGGCACCCCAGCUCUUGGUUUCCCACAGUCCCAGGGAAAUGCCUGUAUGGCUCUACAGAAAAGUACUUCCAGAGGAAGACCGAGAAAUGCUGCAAACUGUCCUGUUGGUUCUAGGCACUCUGCCAAGUACGGAGUCAGCAGAACCUCAAAACAAAAGCCCCCACAAGUUGACACUGCAGUUCAGACAGAAGGUAUUGAUGAAGAGAGUGAUCAAGAUAUAGGAAGUCCUUGGACUGUGCCUGAUGAUAUCCAAAGAAUACUUCAAGAUUCUCAUGACUCCAUGUUUCAGGACCCUGCAGGGCAUGGCAUGAGUUUCUCUCCUCUGGGUAUCAACACCGACAGCAUUUCUGAAAGCACGGGAAGUAUCCUCAGCAAGCUGGACUGGAAUGCAGUUGAGGCCAUGAUAGCAGAUGUGGAAGAUAAGUGAAAAUUUCCCAGCCACUGUGCACUUCCAAACAGUUGCCAGUGUUUGGUUUCAGUAAAAACAAUAAUUGUUCUACUUAAAAUGGAUUGAGUCUUGCAUUGGCUUCCUUCUUAAGCAGCGUGGAAACUCUCACUGCUUUCAGUCUUACCUCGAUGAAAUUCAAUUCCUUAAUGUGUAGUUUUCUUUCUGUAUGUCUUCAGGUCAAGAAGAACUAAAUAUAGUUGGUAAAGGGAGAUGAACAGUCUUAAACAGAUCCAGGUCAGCUACAUUAUGUAGAAACAUUCAUAUGUACAAAAAAUGUUAUUCUAUUUUAAGAAUACUGCACAACUGUUUUACCUUUGUAUUUAAUAUUUAACAUCAUUCCGAAGUUAUUUUUGUAACAUGAUGGUUGUGAUAAACUGAUUUAAUAAAAGCGAAUUUACUAGUU